AUCAACAGAUAACAGUUGGCUUCAAUAGUUUCUUUGUUCAUGUUUAUCUGAUGUAUUGCCUCUGUUUUUCACCUAUCUCCACGAGGGAAAGAGAGAACCAAAACCCAUGUUGUGAAACGUUCAAAAAGUUAGAUUUAAUCAAAGCAGAACCAAAUACAUGUAAUGAGGAAGCUGUCCUUUUCUGACCACUGUUUUAUCUGUUCUAGAACCUUAUGCAUAUAGGGUCUGACUAUGAGGUGUAUUUCUAUGAUGGCGGUGGAUUUGUCUAGCCUCUGAGGUCUAAGGGGCUGAACUCCCCGGCAUAUGACCACUCCGCAUGUGAGUGGGGAGCAUGUGAGCAGCAGAAUGAAACCAAAAACACACACACACACAAAAACGCAAUAUUACAAAUACACACACACGCACGCACACUUGUGCACUCACUCACACACAUACACUCAACCAUAAAAAACAACACACAUCAUACAAUAUUCCCCAGCCGUUGUCACCAUGACCAAGGGGUUAUAGUUUGUGUAUAAAUAGUGAAGAAAUGGACUACAGAGCUCACUCGUCUCUAGCGACUCAGCACGUUUUACACAUAUUGAGACAUAAAAAAAAAAGUUAGAAUGAAAAAACUACUUCCACUUCUGCUGUGUCUGGCCUUGGCUGUUCUCCUCGCUCACGGCAUGCCCCCCAUCAGCAGGAAGUUCAACACACACUGCCGCUGCGCCGAGGUGGAGUCCCGCAUGAUCCCCCCCGACCGCCUGAAGAGCCUCAAGAUCUUCCCCCAGGACGCCCACUGUCACAAGACAGAGGUCAUUGCUGGAUUGACCAAUGGAGAGAGGAUUUGUCUUAACCCCCAGUCAGCCUGGGUCAGGAAACUGGUGCGAUUCGUCCUCCAGCAGCAGCAAACCCAGCCGCAGACUGAAUAAAACACCAAAUAAUGCUGAAAGUAUAGCCGAAAACCUCUGGCUUUUAUCUAUAAAGCCAACUGUGGCUUUACCUUUCAUUUGAUAUAGACUAUAUGCAUGCUGCUUUUAUAUGCAGCAUAUCAUAAAGUGACACGAAUGUUUUCUUUCUCAAUGUCACAAUGGUCUGCGGAGGGGGACAGCCGGGAGAGAAUUCUUUAUUGAAGAGGAUUGAUGUUUAGUGCACCCAUGCGUCUGUGAAUGUGGAGAUGUUUCUGUGUUUUGACUUUUAAGUUUCACUGAAAGCAAAAUAUGUAGCAUAUUAUUUAUUUCUCGCCAAGUAGCUUACGACCAAUUAAAAACAAGUCUCUGAAUGUGUAAUAAUGUGUCAAACAACAAAAUAAAAUAAAAU